CCACUUCCAUUACCUUCCAGACAUGCCCAACUGGCCACCUCCCAAGUGAUCCCUCACAUUUUCGAACCACAUGGUUUUGCUUCCCUGGAGUCCCUACAUUGAAUUGCUUCUUUCAAAGGACUGCUUUUGGGGACGUUUGUGUGUAUAUAUAUUCAUCCAAUUCCAGUUUCCAUCAGUGCAGCACAACACAAGCUUUUCAGUUUCCAAAGAUCUUUAAAUUCUCUUCUUCUCUUGCCCUAAAGUAGUCUCCCUUGUUUAACAAAAGCAACAAGAUGAUCAGCGCUAAGAAGCUUAUCAAAUUGGCCAGGAAAUGGCAAAAUUUGGCAGCAAUUAAGAGAAAAAGAAUCACAUUCUCGAGAACCAAUGGGGAUGAUGACACAAACAGUUGCAGCACACCAUCAAUGGUCGAGAAGGGUCACUUUGUGAUCUAUAGCGCUGAUGAGAAGCGUUUUGUGCUUCCAUUGGCAUAUCUGAAGAACGAAAUUGUCAUGGAGUUGUUUAAAUUGGCAGAAGAAGAGCUUGGACAUCCAAGCAAUGGACACCUGACUUUGCCCGGUGAUGCAGCCUUUUUGGAAUAUGUAAUUGGGUUAAUCAAAAGGAAAGCAAGUAAAGAUGUGGAGAAAGCAUUGAUUAUGUCUGUAGCCAGUGGUCGUUGCUCAUCGUCAUCGUAUCUCUAUCAGCAAGAAACAAGCCAACAGCUACCCAUAUGGGGUUUCUAAAGCAAAAACAUUUGUCCUCAAUUUUGUAAACCAUCCAACACCAUUGUACGUUAAGAUAUCAGAAAGAGUUUCCCGGAUUCUGUUUGGUGUUUAGUUGUCUGCCAUGGCAAUUAUCCUUUGUAUCUUCACAACAAAUUCACCAACACUAUUCACUUGGAAAAGAAAAACAAAACAUAAAACCCUCUCCCUGUCAAAUUUUAUAUCCUCGGCGCAAUUGAUAAUAUUUGAUUCCGUUGGGCCAUUUCUCAGAAAACCCAAGACGCAAAACAACUUGGGAAGCAUGGAAUAUGGAUUCAACAAAUCGAUUUUUUAAAGCUGGGUGUCCAAUGGAUAAGAGCCUGAUUUCAUCUAGAUUCCAGUUCUUGCA